GAGUGCGAGCUGCGACUGUGCGCCGGGCGGGGCGGAGCCUGUCCGGGGGAAAGCCGGGUGCGGCGUGCCUCGUGCGCCCCGCAGCUGCAGAGCCCUGUGUUCUGCGCGCGGACCCCGGGUCCUUAACGUCCCCGACCCGGUGCAGGGAGCUGCGGCCCCGGGAAUCCCAAUUGUGUGAGUGCCCAGGAGCAGAGGCCCCGACCGAAGACAGAAAGCAGAGAGCUUCAGCCCUGGGCUGCAGCUACCAAGGUCCGGAGGUUCCGAGCGGCUGCAGAGAGGAUGCAGGGCGAGCCUGAACAUCUCCAUCCUCAGUUUCUCCACUUGCUACAGCGCUGCAGCGCCUGGUAGCCAGCACCUCAGAAAACAUGCCUCUUGAAUCGUUGCAGUCUCUCCUCUACAGAACUUUUAAGAUGACUGGCAGAAUAGAAGCAAAUUAAACCAGAUGCUCAUCCACAGCUCAAAACAAAGAUAUGGAGCUUUAAAGGAGAAAGUAUCGUGGUGUCGGCCAUGGGUCAUCAAGACACAGCCGGACAAUGUGGACCAAUUUCUUCAAACUGCGAGUCUUCUGCUAUCUGUUUGUGGUGCUAAUGGUGGUGGUGUUGGUUGUCAAUGUCACUCAGGUGGAGUACUUAGACCAUGAGACGGUAUCAGAGACGUUCGUCGACAGCAGCGGGCAGUACGUUUCCUCGCAGGCUACAGGCGUUAGUCGGAAUGCGUACUGUGGCUACGAGCACCAGACCCUGUCUAGUCAGGAACGCUUAGAGGAAGAUGUCUUGCUUGCUGCCUCCAAGUGGAAGGUACCUGAUGUGGACCUGGUCCCGUUUGUGAAGAGCACCGACCCUUCUUCCAGCUACUUUGUCAUUUUGAAUUCUGCGUCCUUCUUCAGGGUUGGGAGCCAGCUGGAGGUGCUGGUUCAUGUGCAAGAUUUUCGAGGGAAGCCCAAGAAGUAUGGAGGGGACUACCUGCAGGCCAGAAUACACUCACCUAAGCUGCAGGCAGGGGCCGUGGGCCGAGUGGUAGACUACCAGAAUGGAUUUUACAAGGUGUUUUUUACUUUGCUCUGGCCAGGCAGAGUUAGAGUGUCCGUAUCUCUGGUUCACCCCAGUGAAGGGAUCAGGGUUCUUCAGCGCCUGCAGGAAGAGAAACCAGACAGGGUCUAUUUCAAGAGUCUCUUCCGAUCGGGAAGGAUUUCUGAAACAAUGAAGUGCAAUGUGUGUCUUCCUGGAAGUCUUCCGCUGUGCAACUUUACGGAUCUUUACACUGGAGAGCCCUGGUUCUGCUUCAAACCAAAGAAACUCCCCUGCAGCAGCAGAAUCAAUCACUUCAAGGGCGGAUACACGAAGGGCCUUCUCACUGCUGCAGAAAGUGCUUUCUUUCAGAGUGGUGUGAAUAUCAAGAUGCCAAUCAACUCCAGCGGACCUGAUUGGGUGACUGUGAUUUCCCGGAGAACAAAAGAAACUGAUGACCUAGAAGUUUCUCAAGGCUCAGGAAUUUUUCCUUCCGGACAUUUCUACAAAAACCAGUGGAGGCCCAGGAGGUUUAAGAUGCGCCAUUUUAAUGACCCCGACAACGUUACAGAAUGCUUGCAAAGAAAAAUGGUGUAUUUAUUCGGUGACUCAACAAUCAGGCAGUGGUUUGAAUACCUCACUGCAUUUGUUCCAGAUUUAGUACAGUUUAAUUUGGGUAGUCCCAAGAACGUUGGUCCCUUCCUCGCAGUGGACCAGAAACACAACAUCUUGCUCAGAUAUCGCUGUCAUGGUCCACCCAUCCGCUUCACGAGCGUCUUCAGUAAUGAGCUGCGUUAUGUGGCAAAUGAACUGAACAGGAUCGUGGGAGGGAAGAACACAGUGGUGGCCAUAGCUGUGUGGUCUCACUUUAGCACAUUCCCCUUGGAAGUCUAUAUCCGGAGGCUCAGGAACAUUCGACGAGCAGUGGUCCAACUCCUGGACCGAAGUCCUAAGACUGUGGUUGUCAUCCGGACAGGCAAUGCCCAAGAGCUGGGGCCUGAGGUGAGCCUUUACAACAGUGACUGGUAUAACUUUCAACUGGACACUGUCCUUCGGAGGAUGUUUUCAGGGGUUGGAGUCUACCUUGUUGAUGCCUGGGAGAUGACCUUGGCUCAUCACCUACCCCACAAGCUGCAUCCAGAUGAAGUUAUUGUGAAGAACCAGCUGGACAUGUUCCUAUCCUAUGUAUGCCCCUGGGAGACUUAGCUAUCCUGAAGUUCACUGGAGCAAUCCUGAUCAGUGACCGUUCCCGUUGACCUGCAGCAUAGAAAAAUUUGUGAUCAACUGUGUUGUGAAAUGGAUACUCUCAACUUGUGGGACAUUUCAGAAAAGAGCUGUAUUUUGCAUAAUGACUGGUAAUGAACUUAGGCAGUGUAUGCACUUGUAUCUACCUAUAGGAUCUUUCCGUCUUCACUUAGCCAUCGUAAAGCUCUAACUUACGCAUCUACACACUGUAUUGCCUUUGUAACCAAAGAUACUAAUGAGUGGUUAAGAACUAGCUUCUCCUGGGGUGGAGGUGACUGUGUUGAUGCCCAUGAGAGGUGUUUUGAUGUAAACAGAAGGGAUAGAUUUGGUUGGCAGUGCUAUGUUUGCCACUUACCCAGUAAAGGACAUUGAACAUGUCUUCAUGAAUAGCAUGAAGUUCCCUCCUCAGGAAUAGAGAGGGAUUAUUGCUAACAGUUCCUGUGGCCACAGUGAAGACUGCCCUAUCUCAGGAGUUUCUAUUGACUUUUUUUUUUUUUUUCUCAAUUACUUGUCAAGGCCAAUGUGUGUGGUCAGAAUUUUAUAUGAGGAUAUUAACCAUUUCCUGCUUUUCUCUGGAAAGGAGCAAAAUGAAAGAGCACACAGUCUCUGUUUUGGAUUGGUAUGGACACUGGAGAAUUAUUUCUUACUUGAUUCAGCCGAAUUUUAUGUGAUGAAUUCUUAUUCUAGGAUAACCAUUUUUGGAAACAAAUAUGUAAAUAGAAGUUUAUUUUUAUGUUCCAAAGCUUGUGGGUUUUGAGAACUGACUUUUAUGUAAAGAGUGUCACUGGCUCUCAUAAAAUUGUAGGGUUUCUCCCCUCAGCAGUUCCAAAUGUUUCUCUUUGCUCUUGGCUGUCAUGACAUGACAUCAGACAUGAAACCAGACCAGAAGUUAAUAAAAUUAGAUAUCAAAAUCCAUGAGAAGUAUUUCUUGCUUUAGGCAUGAAGUGUACAUACAGAUUGUCUCAUGCUUGCAUGUAAGAAGCCACUGUUGAGCUAUCUGCUCUUCCUUCUGGCUCUUUGGACUGUGGUUCAAGCCUAGGGCCUUGUGCACACUAGGACGUUGCUCUACCAACUGAGUUACAUUCCUAGCCCAUUUCUGGACACCCUCAAAAUAACAGGAUUGGUCAUUUUAUUGGACAUUGUCUUAUUAAUAUCAAAUGGAUUUAAAUUAAAUUUAGGAUCAUUGAAUAAGUAGCUUUUGCAUUAUGAGAGGUUAUAAUUUACUUUUGCUUUCUCUGAACAGACCUGUAUAAACACUGGGCUGGCUUGGGAAAUGAAAACAGAUGCUAAAGCAAAAUAAAAUAAAUAAAUAAAUAAAUAUGCAUCCUUCAGAAAUGG